AUGGACGAAGCAGUUCAUUUCCCAAUUGGCACCAACAUGGACAGCUACGUGGUGCAGAAGCGACUCUCGAUGGCGGUCUACGGCGACGUGGUGCUCGCCUGCGCUGCAGCCAACAACCCGGUCGCGAUCAAGCGCCUCGAUGUGAACGCGACGCUCGGACACGUGAGCUUCCAGCGCGCGCGGGUGCCGACGACCAAGGACUUUGAGCGCGAGCUCGAGGUGUACGAGUACCUCGGGCGCGCCGGUGGCCACGGCAACAUUGUGCAGUUUAUUGAAACCUUUGAGCACUUUGGGUAUUACCACCUCGUGCUCGAGCACUGCGCGGACGGCAGCCUUGUCGACAAGACGCUCAGCGCCCAGCAGCUUCUUUUGCUCUUCACGCAGCUCCUCGACGCGAUCUCCUUUCUGCAUGCACACGGGAUCGCGCACGGCGACAUCGCGCCCUCCAACGUUCUCUGCCAUGGACAAGCGACGUACAAGCUCUGCGACUUUGGCUCGGCUAUCGUGCUCGCCAACUGCACCAGCGACGAGGCGGCAGCGCACCGUCUCCGUGAUCUUCAAGCCCUCGGCAGCCUCGUGGCUGCGUACCUCCAGGGCGCUGCGUUUACGAACGGACUCGAGUCGCGACGAAAGCGGCGCGGCAGCGCGCCGGCUCCGCUCGUUCUCUCCCAGCUUCUCGAGUUCAUUCGCGUCGCGCCACAGCUUUCGGCGAUGGAGCUCCUCGUUCAGUGGCAGCGCAGCUGCAGUAGCGUGCACGAGUCGAGCGUCUGCCGGCCGCUGAAAACUCGUCGGGUGUUUAUCGACGCCCUCUAAGUUACCUUUUAGUCAAUCAAUAGCUUUGUUAUUUCUACUCUCUUGUUUAAAUAUGGUUAUAUGUG